GACAACAAUAGAGUUUCCUGUCGUUACCGCACAUUUGAGGCAGUAGAACAGGUUAAAGCCUAUUUGAUACAUGCUGGCUGUUUUUGCUUGAUCUGUCGAACAGCGUGCCGGCAUCGAUAACCUCAAAGUCCCGGUUAACAGAUAACUCGAUGAUGAAGUUUUGAAUGAUAGCAGGGACAGUCUGCUAGUAUAUUUACAUAACACCUUUGCAAUAUAUCGCUCUCUCUCUCUCUC